GUUGUGACCAAAAAACAAGCGUGUGCUGAAUCCACGUCGUCCCAAACCGAGAUGAAAACGGAGUUGGUUGUGAAGUCCUACCAGUAAAAUUCUACCCUUGAAAUAUUUGGGAUUUGUUACCUUGGCUUUGUUCAAGAACUGUAACUAUCUUUUUCCACAGCUGUGCUGAUUUACCUGUAUCUCUGCCACGUGGGACACGAGCUAGCUGAAGGGUCAGAGGUGACUGCAUGAGGAGGCAGAGUUAAGGGACCCUGGUCCUGACCUAGUCCACAACCAGUCACACUCCUAGACCAGAGGUCUGUGGUCCUCUCCUGUAGAGAUGAGGUCCAUCCGAUUGUUCGCCAACGACGACCGCCACGUCAUGGCAAAGCACGCCAACAUCUACCCUUCGCCAGAGGAGCUGGAGGCUGUCCAGAAGCUGGUGUCCACCGUGGAACGUGCCCUCAAGCAGGUGUCAGACUGGAUGGACAACCUCAACGCCUCCCUAAGCAAGGCCCCGACCCCCACCACCAGCGACGCCAAGGAUGCUGGAGACUUUACCGGCACCCGCAGCACCACAAAGCCCCAGAGUGCGUCGAUCCUGUGUGGGGUUGUGCGUGUGGGUCUUGUGGCAAAGGGCCUCCUGGUUAAAGGAGACAUGGACUUGGAGCUGGUCCUGAUGUGCAGAGACAAACCCACCAAAUUACUGCUGUACACUGUCAGCGCCAACCUGCCUGUGCAACUACAGACGCUGACAGAGGACAAGUAUGAGGUGCGGUCGAGCGUGUCGGAGUCAGCCAUCCGGGUGGUCAACACCAACGACCCCAAAUUCACCCUGAAGAUCACCCUGUCCUCUCUGGCCAUGGGAGAAGAACACACUGCCACAGACCAAGAGAAAGGCGUGGAGGAGUUUGAUGAGGUGCUGGACGGGCGACGGUGCCAGGCCGCCCUGGCAACACUCAGACACACCAAAUGGUUCCAGGCCAGAGUGACAGAUCUGAAGUCAUGUGUCAUCGUCAUGCGUAUUCUCAGAGACAUGUGCAACAGACAAACUGUGUGGGAGCCUCUCAAAGGAUGGCCCAUAGAGCUGAUCUGUGAGAAGGCCAUAGCCACCUGUAACCGGCCCCUGGGGCCCGGAGAGGCCCUGCGCAGGGUCAUGGAGUGCAUCGCCUCAGGGAUCCUCCUCCCAGAUGGGCCGGGAGUUCACGACCCCUGUGAGAUGGAGCCAACAGACACCUUGUCAGUGAUCACUGGCCAACAGGCUGAGGCUAUCACUCACAACGCACAGCAUGCGCUACGUCUCCUGGCCUUCGGACAGCUUUAUAAGGUUCUGAAUAUGAAUCCUCUCCCUCCAACCAAACCCUCACACAGACUCUCAGGGUUAGACAAAAAAGGAACCUGUCAGAAAAGGCAGCAUGAAGAUGGACACACUUACGACAGACAAGUCUUCAAGAAGACGAAACACAACCUGAUGAGAGUUCUGGACAGUGAGAUGACGGAACCCAACCACCCCAUGAAUGCCCUGAUGAGACUGAACCAGGUCCACCCGGGGCUGCAGUACAAGCUGUUGUCCCAGUCCGGCCAGGUCCACUCUCCUGUCUUUACCAUGUCUGUGGACAUCCAGGGCACUGUCCACGAGGCCUCUGGCGCUUCCAAGAAGACUGCCAAACUAAAAGUAGCACUUAAGGUCCUACAGGCACUUGGUUACCCAGCUGGCUUCGAUGUGGACCUGGACUCCCUGAGCGCUGACGAGAGGUCUGACGGCGAGGGACGCAACCACAUAAGUGAGAGAAACGACAGAAUGUCCACCAGCUCCAGAAGCAACUCUGUCAGCUCCUCCACAGACACAUGCGAGGCCCGCAUCCCCGGCCCUCUCCUCACGGCAGGGGGCAAGAACCCAGUGAUGGAGCUGAACGAGAAACGCAGAGGCCUGAAGUACCAACUCAUAUCAGAGACUGGCGGCAGCUAUGACAAACGCUUCAUCAUAGAGGUGGAAGUUGAUAAACAGAAGUUCCGAGGCUCUGGGCCCAAUAAGAAAGCAGCAAAGGCUAGUGCCGCCCUCGCUGCUUUGAAGAGACUCUUCUCUGAUUCAAAAGACCCCCGCAACAAGAAAAGGAGGCCCACCACACCGGUGACGAGAACUGUGUCGUCAACCGUGUCUAUCCCAGUCCAUGCCCACAGCAGGCCUAGAAGCAGGCCAGUGAUGCACAGAGCACCCUACAUCAGCGCUCCUCCUACCCAUGGGUACCUCCCACUAGACUAUGGAGCUCCAUAUGGCUAUGGUCCUGCAGCUCCCUUCCCUGCCUAUGGUGGUUUGUACAUUGACAGUGCCUUUUACCAGCCACAGACAAUUGCCACUCCUAUUAUAAUUCACCUGGGUCCUCAGGAUUUCUUCUGACCUCCACAGUCAGCGGGGGAUGACUUGACAUUUUGAAACUUCCUGUUUCCUGUCUGACCAGGCUUUAUCUACCUUACUAAGGGCUGUGUCCAGAUUCUCCACCUUUCUACCGUAUUGUGCAAGUGCACACUAGGGUGGAGAAUCGGGACCCAUCUCUCUGAGCAGACAUCAAUCCGAGAAGAAGAAGCAAAACAUCGUCAGGGUUGGAAUUUUCAAAUGUGUAGCAAUACUUGACUCUCUUUAUAUCU